GAAAGCAGGGACACUGGAACAAUUUAGUGUGCGUGAUCUUUACUCCACAUCUAUAUAGAGGCGACUUUCAUUGGAGAUAAGGACUGUGCUAAGGCGGUGCGUCUGCCACCAACACAGGAACUUUAGUUGUGAAUCUGGAUACUUUUUGCUCAUUGAUCUGGUUACUGGAGAAUUUCCCGAUAUCGCCUUUAAAAAACAUCGCUGCCCGAUACAUUCCUCUUUACACCCGAUUCAAGCCUACCAGAUGUGUAUCACCGCGAUCCAUAUAGAGUGAUCCAGGAACGGGGAUUUGUACAAUACAUCACUGGCGGGAUAGCAAGCUGCGGGAGAGAAUGCCGCAGACACCAACUCUUGUAGCCAUGUUUGACAGCAGCAGUUUUAACCGGAACUUGUAUCAAAGUAAAGAAGAAGAGAGCUGUUCUGGGCUGUUUUACCAAGAUAACAACCUGCUCUCUGGAUCUCUGGAAGCACUCAUCCAACACCUUGUGCCCAGCGUUGAUUACUAUCCGGAUAGAACAUACAUCUUCACAUUUUUGCUCAGCUCUCGUCUAUUCAUUCACCCCUUUGAAUUAAUGGCUAAAGUCUGCCAUGUAUGUUUGGAGCAGCAGAGACAAAACGAGCCUGGAACUGAUAAGAACCAAUUGCGCAAAAUUGCCCCUAAAAUUCUUCAGCUCUUAGCGGAAUGGACAGAGACCUUCCCAUAUGACUUUCGGGAUGAGCGAAUGAUGAGAAAUCUAAAGGACACCGCUCACAGGAUAACCAAUGGUGAUGAGAUGUACCGGAAAAACGUGCAACAAAUAAUCCAGAAUCUUAUUCGCAAGUUGGCAGCACUGAGUCAGUAUGAGGAACUCAUUGCAAAAAUCAAUGCGCAGUCCACUGAUCGCAUGACCGUCCUGAAGACCAAGCCACAGUCCAUACAAAGGGACAUCAUUACUAUAUGCAGUGAUCCCUACACAUUAGCCCAGCAGCUCACCCACAUAGAGCUGGAGAGACUAAGUUACAUUGGACCAGAAGAGUUUGUUCAAGCUUUUGUUCAAAAGGAUCCAUUGGACAAUGAUCAGAGUUGUUAUGGUGACAGAAAGAAGACGCGAAACUUGGAAGCCUAUGUGGAAUGGUUCAACCGUCUUAGUUACUUGGUUGCCACAGAAAUCUGCAUGCCUGUGAAGAAGAAACACAGAGCUCGGAUGAUAGAGUUCUUCAUUGACGUAGCACGAGAAUGCUUCAAUAUUGGAAAUUUUAACUCUCUAAUGGCGAUUAUCUCCGGCAUGAAUAUGAGCCCUGUAUCCCGUCUAAAGAAAACUUGGGCUAAAGUCAAGACAGCCAAGUUUGAUAUUCUUGAGCAUCAGAUGGAUCCUUCCAGCAAUUUUUACAACUAUAGAACAGCUCUGAGAGGGGCAGCCCAGAGGUCACUAACGGCUCACAGCAACAGAGAAAAGAUUGUCAUCCCUUUCUGCAGUCUUUUAAUCAAAGAUAUCUAUUUCUUGAAUGAGGGCUGUACCAAUCGUCUUCCAAAUGGUCAUGUCAAUUUUGAGAAAUUCUGGGAGCUUGCAAGGCAAGUAAGUGAGUUCAUGGCAUGGAGGCAGGUCGAGUGCCCCUUUGAAAAAGACCGAAAAAUUCUCCAUUAUGUAUUGACAGUCCCGAUCUUCAGUGAGGAUGCACUUUACUUGGCUUCCUAUGAAAGCGAGGGUCCUGAGAACCACAUAGAAAAGGACAGAUGGAAGACUCUGAGGUCAGCUCUUUUGGGCAGAGUCUAACACGUGAAGUGCCUGUCAUGACAUGGCCAUAAUUUAUGGACACUUUUUGCACCAAGUAGGAUUUGAGCGAUGGAAGCAAAGCAAGCAGCUGAGAGUCUCUCGAUCACAGCAUUGGUGAAUCAAGACGGAUUGAAAACAGAGAGAGAUGAUUAGUUUAUUUCCAGGAACUGAACCAUGAAGUCUUCUUAGGACAACAAUGAUGGAAUGUUUCACAGUCACCCUUAUGCUGAGUUUCUUUUUCUCAAUAACGUUAAGUUAGUUUUAUUACUGGAUUUUGCAUCCUGUGUAUCCGUCUGCACCUAAGCUGAUGCUCCUGCCCUGUAGUAAAACAUAAAGAAAUGCCACGUACAGAACAGUAGACACAAUCAUUUUUUUCGGAUGGAUGUGAAUAUAAAAGUUGGGUUAACCACUCGCUGGCGGUGGCUCCUAACCCAUAAAUACUGAUUGGAUUGUUUCAGUUCUUAAAGCUCAUGUUUGCUGCUGGAUAGUAAACAAAACGAACGCUAUGACUUACUGAAAAGGUAAUAUUAUUUAUGGCUAAUACACAAGAGGCGUCUUCCCAGUGGUACAGAAUCACAGUUAGCCUUGUGAACCCUCGCUGCAACAGAACCCAGCAACUGUGUCAUUGGACUGUUCUCUAACAGACACAUCUGUUCUAAGCUGUUUACAAGAAAUGUUUAUUUGUUGUUGUUUACUCUCCCUAUCCCUAACAUUUUGCUGUUUCUUGUGAUAUAUAUUGUAUUUUUUUCUUAUUUAUUAAUGCAUUAUCUGACCAGAUUAGCGUGGUACAGAACAAACUGUGCAUUGAGGGCAUUAAUAAUAGAUGUUCUAUAUUUGUGUAACACUUUAUUGGAUUUUUCUUUGUUUGUUUGUUCUUGCGAAUACUGCGCCCAUAAACAUCAGUUCCGAGAGUCCUUUUUUUUUAUUUGGCUGCAUAGCUGUCAGAAUUUGACAUAUUAUCAACAAGAAAUGCAUAUGCAUAGAUUCUAAUGUAAUUGGUUGCAGUGAAUCAAAACAGAUCUGGCACUUAAAGUGAGCCUGGCAUCUAAACAAUUUUGGAGACAGGUUUAUAGAGCAUUAAAAAAACUGUACUGUGGUACCAGCAGAAUUACUAGCAAAUGUAUAGAGUGGAUAAAACCAGUUUAAACUGGCUCCUCAAACGCAAAUAUGUGUAUUUCAUAUAAACCCUCUCUGGACUGGAUAGAAAUUAAUUUGCAUCUUAGGCCUCCCCCAUAUUUUCAGUUAGGUGACAAAACUGCCACCCAUCUCAUGUCUGACUUCUUCUAAAUUUUCAACAAAUUCUGCUAUUACAGUGAAGAUGUGUGUAUGUACGGAUAUAUGUGGAGGGACAGGCGGAGAGAGAGAGAGAGAGAGAGACUGAGAGAAAAAUGUGUAUAUAUAAAAUGAUGGCAAAGGACACACUGUACUUAGUAUAUGUAUUAAUAAUGUUUAUUAAAGGUUUUCUAACCUGUGGUCAACAUUGUUUAUACCAUAGUUUGAGUUAAUGCUCAGAGUACAGGAUUCCAAAAGGCAUAUUAUAAAUACAAUUAAACAUAGUAUUCAGUUUUGGGAGUGUGGUGAAUUUGAGGCCUAUUAAGAUAUUGCAGGAUAUGUACACUGUAGGCACCCAGACCACUUUAGCUCAUUGAAGUGCUCUGGUGACCAUUUUGAACUGCCGAGCAUGCGCAUUACAGUUUUGUAUUCCUGGCACUGCAGUAUCCCUUUAAGCAACUACAUGUAGAAAAAAAUGAUAAUUUCCUGCCAGAUUAACCCUUAAAGGCAUAAUGACUAUCGAUGACACACUUACAUUCUGUUACUUAAAGAUAUUAUACCAGCACACAGUGUGCUACUUAUUUAAUAUAGGGAUAAAUAUAAUACAGCUCUGAAAGACUAUUUAAUAUUUUAGUAGAUACUCGAAGGGCUAGAUUGUUAUGAUAUAGGCCAACAUUGAUCUGUAAUUAAUUGCUGUUGUUUUUAUGUUGUUUUUUUUCUUCUUCUUUUUCUGUUACACCAAGUGUCUAGAACCAGACCUUUACUUUUUUACAUCAGCAUACAGCAAUCCUCAUAAUUCUAGAUAGAUGGUGUUUCUACUUUUGUCUUAUGCAUUGUAGGUCAAGCUGCAAUGCUUCAGCUAAGACUAUAAAUCUUAAUAUUCUGUGUCUAAAAGGUGAUUCAGUUGCUAUUUCACGUUGCAGCUCAGCCAGACCUGUUCCUGUACAUCAGCUGCUUCUAAAAUGCAGCAACAAAUGAAUUUAUCUCAACAAUUAAGUGUAUUAAUAAUAAUGUUCUAUGCCACUUUAGAUGGUUAUUUAUUUAGCGAAAGUCAAAUGUUAUGCACCAUAAAAGAAGUAUGAUUAAGUGUGACAGAUUUCACAUUCAUAACGUUCACAAUAUGACUUUUUAAAAGGACAUUGAAAGUACCAUAGCCACUACAGCUUAUUAUAGUGGCUAUGUAUCUUAGUCUUGUUUUCUGGCUCUCCCAUGCACCAAAUUGGAAAUCUUUCUUUCAAAUGGGCGCCUCCUUCUUAGCUAGGUGUCAUUCAUUGUCACAAGUUCUGCUCUUGGUACCUGACGGUAUACAGAGAAAAUGAGGAAUGUAAGAUUAUUUAAUUUUUUAUCUUCAUUUGCCAUGUUUGCCCUGUCUUUAACUUUUCUGAACUGGAUUAUGAUGUAAUUUGCUAAAUAUUUACUAUAAUUUUAAAAGAAAAUGCAGCAUCUCA